AUUAUCAGCUGAUGUAAUAAAGGAAAAUAAGUAAAAUAAGUUAUUUAAUGCUAACCUUUAUUAUAAGAUACGAAAUAUAUUGAGUAUAUGUAAAAAUGUUUGCUGCGUCGUUCAGAUUUCUACUCAAUGCAAGAAGAGUAAAUACACAAAUACGCCUUAAAUCAACGUUAGUCAUAGCGGAACAUAAUAAUGAGGUAUUGUCACCAAUAACAUGUAAUGUGUUGAGUGCAGCAAAACAAAUUGGUGGUGACAUUACCGUUUUAGUCGCUGGAACAAAUUGCGAUGCGGUGGCAAAGGCCGCAAGCAAUGCAAAUGGCAUUAAUAAAGUACUUUUGGCAAAUAGCGAAGCAUUUAAAGGAUUUACUUCGGAAUCAUUGACGCCACUGAUAUUAGCGAUGCACAACCAAAAUAAAUACACUCACAUUUUAGCCGGUGCUAGUGCUUUUGGUAAAUCAUUAUUACCGAGAAUUGCGGCAAAAUUGGAUGUUUCACCGGUAAGCGAUAUUAUUGGUAUAAAAGCGCCAGACACUUUUGUUCGCACAAUUUAUGCUGGCAAUGCUAUACAGACCAUAAAAGUCAAAGAUAAUGUAAAAGUUGUGUCGGUGAGAGGUACUUCGUUCGAUGCAUUGCCUCUGGAAGGCGGUAAUGCUGCGUGUGAACCAGCCCCACCUGGUGAUUACAAAACGAAUCUAGUUGAAUUUAUUAAGCAAGAAAUUAGCAAAAGCGAUAGGCCCGAAUUAACGUCCGCUAAAGUAGUCGUUUCGGGUGGACGGGGAUUAAAGUCGGGCGAAAAUUUUAAAUUGCUCUAUUCCCUGGCUGAUAAGCUUAAUGCUGCUGUCGGAGCUUCAAGAGCUGCCGUUGACGCUGGAUAUGUGUCCAAUGAUCUGCAGGUUGGACAAACGGGAAAGAUCGUUGCACCGGAUUUGUACAUAGCAGUGGGUAUUUCUGGAGCAAUUCAGCAUCUUGCCGGUAUGAAGGAUUCAAAAACAAUUGUUGCUAUUAAUAAAGACCCAGAAGCACCAAUUUUUCAAGUAGCAGAUUAUGGAUUAGUUGCGGACUUGUUUAAAGUUGUACCAAUACUUACAGAAAAAUUGAAAUGAAUAUUUCAUUAUGUUUCUUAACAAUGGAUAAUUUUGAACUAAUUAGGAAUAUAUCGAAGAAUUAACUAUAUUCUACCGAUCGAUCGAUCGUUCGAAACCAAGAAAAAAAAAGUCUGCGAAAUUUAAUUAAUUAAUGUUACGUUAAAUUUAAUAAUUAAGGCAAACCACGAUUAUUAUAUGUUAUUCUAUUUUACGAACUUAUUACAUUCGCGAUAUGCAGCAGUUAAUGAUAUUAACCGUUUGUCCAUUUU